GCUGCCCGCCAGUUUACAAUCGCACACGAAACGGACCGCACAUGACGGCAGUGACCGGAUCGCGAGCUUUGUCGCGCGAAACCCCAAAACCCGUACGCAAACCCGUGUCCCUGUUGUUGUCGUUUGCAGCUCGAUGCACCAAGCGCGUGACGCGGCGGAAAAGCGCCGGGAAACUGUUAGCAGCCACGUUCAGUGUCGCGACCGUCAGCAUCGACCGAGCGGACCGUCGGCCGCACUACCGGACGCUUCAGCGAGUUGCAGCACUCAGUGAAAAACGGCACUGCCGCCGGCCAGCAGAAUUACCACCCGGCUAGUGCGAACCACCACGACCCCCUGGGAGGGAAAAAGAGAAGUGCAAACCGUAAAGCGAAAGGUGAAUACAAAAUGUCACCCAGUGAAUGGGGAGGGUGUGUUGUGUGUAUGUUUGGUGCUAAAUGUUAAGUGUUUUAGUGUUAGUGUUUAUUUGCUAGCAGCAACAACCGAAAAAAUAAAAUAACGUAAAGUGUAUAAAAUACAUACAGAAAAAAGAGAGGCAAAAGUGCAAAACAACACACAGUGAUACUCGAGUGAGUGAGUGAGCGAGAGAGAGAGAGUGUGCAGCAGCAUCGAAUGAACCGAAUCGGGCAGACGAAGUAGAGGAUUAACACUGUGCCCGAAGGAAGUUGUGACAGCUCGGUUUUAGUGAUUUUUCAUCCAAGCAGGCCGCGUUCGUUCUGUUGUGUGCCGAGUGAUCGCAGGAUAUCAACACACACCGGAAGUGCAAACGCUACACACACACACUGCUGCAAACGAGGACAACGGAGCAACGGUGACGACAGUGUCCAACAGGUAAUGCUGCGAAUCCUUGACCCAAAACAGAAGGACAUUUCCCUCAUGUUCCCAAUCCUCUUUCCGAACACGAUUGUCAGCCGAAAGGGAUUUAUCAUACGCCAGUGUAAGGGCGCACUUUGGGGGCGAUAGCGCUCUCGUUGCAGAUAAGCUUCCGGAUUCGUGGGCCGUGCGCGGAUUCACGGACACACAGCAAGUGCAUAAAUCAAUCAAUCAAACCUCGCGGCGUUCGAGCCGCACCGACGAAAGCGGCAAACAGUGCAGAGGACGCAGAGCCUUGAGGGAGCCCGUUUUCGAACGAUCCUAUACGCAGUGCCUUUCCAUAUUCGCUCGGGGAAGCAUUAUUCGGGCAAAAGCUAAUGUGCGCGCCCCAAAUGCAGUGCCCGGCCAAAGCAUCCGCGCGCCCUGGAUGUUUGAAGUGAUCGUAGUGCCAACGCGUUAAUGUCUGUGAACAAGAGUGCCGUUAAAGCGUACAAUUCUUUAUACGACGGAAAGUGCCGUGUAUGCUGUGUAGAUCAGGAACCGCUUUCUAGGCUCCAAGAGCUGCUGUGAAGUGGUUACAAAACAAAAACAAGGAACGAAAUCAGUCUUUCAGUCAACGACUGGCGCUGAGAGCAGCAAGCAUAUUGUGAUUUAAGUUAAUUUUGUACAGCAACAAUACCUUCAUAUACAACCACGCACACAUACAUACACAUAUACGCACAGAAACGUACAAUCAGUACUAUUUAAACAUACAACCCUAUUUAAACCUAUCGACGUCGACAGUUUGUGCAUUUGUGCUCGUCCCUGUCAGCAUCAUUCAGCACUAACAGUUUCAUCAAUAAGCGCAUUGUACAUCCCUGGUGCACUCAAAACUACCCAAAACCAAACUCGAAACACAAACACACACACAUUCGCGUGACACUAAGUGUACCAAAACACGUGCCCUUUAUUUCUGCAAGUGAACCACUUUGCGGCUAAAGCAAGAAGACACAAGGAAGGCACAAGGAAUAUUCUUCCCAGUUCAAAAGUGUGCAAAGUGCAGAGUGCAUUCGAAAAAAAAGAAAAAUCUGUGAUUAGAAUAAUUCUGUUUAUUUUGUGUGUUUGUUUGCUUUAUUUUAGUGACGGUCCUGAAAGUGUGUGUCUUUCGAUUUAUGUUUUCUUGUUUUCUAUACGAUCCGUUGCGACGCUGGUUUCAACGAAGUUUUUUGUUAAAAGUGCCACGCCAUUACAAAGCGAACGAAACGAACAAACGACUCGACUUUUUUUACCAAGUUAAGUGCACAUUAGUAUACGCGUCGAAACAAGCAAGUGUUUGCAGUACAAGUACAAGACAACGGGUCCGAUCUUUCGAAGAUUUGGCGAUACGCGCGAUACAACUUAAGCCGGGAGAAUCUAAUUCGCCCGCCAUUUUUAGUCAUCCAGUCACCGCGGUCAGUUGCUAAGCAACGAAGCAGUGCAUCCCCAGCGCAUCAUCACCAAAACGACACGAUCGAGCGCGAUCGAACAGGGAACAAACGCAACCCACACAUCAAAACAUGUUCAACACAAACCUCAGCCUCACCGUGCCAUCGCUCCUUAUCAUGGACGGUGGCACGCCCAGGACGCCGGAGAUCCUCAACUCCCUGAUGGCCAUGACAAACCCGCUCGAGUACUCGUUUCCAGUGAACAACUCACAGACCUCACUGAACGACAGUCAUUCCAACAGCUCCGACUCUCCGCUGGACUCGCCCGCCAGCCAGCAACAUCAAUCGCACCAGCAGCAGCUACACCUUCACACCGGCAAGACGCCGAGCGUACAACAGACAUGCUCGCAACUGAUCAAGGAAGGCGUGAAGCUGCUAAUUCAGAGCAAGCGCAAGCACAGCGGCGGAGACUCGAGCGACGGGAAUGAAUCCAGCACACCGAAGGCGAAGGUAGCGCGACGGCGUGAUGCCUCCAUGACCGACCACCGGGAGACGAGUGAAGAUGACAUCGACUUCAAGUCGAGUCCUCGCUCGACUGUUGCGCUAACACCGGAAGACGAGGACCGGCGACGGCGACGCCGCGAAAGGAACAAAAUCGCCGCCACCAAGUGUCGCAUGAAGAAGCGCGAACGUACGGUGAACCUGAUCAACGAAUCGGAGACGCUCGACGCCCAGAACAGGGAGCUAAAGUCGCAGGUCAGCAAGCUGGAGACGGAGUAUCGGAAGUUGGUGGAGAUCCUGCAGGCGCACGGUCCAACGUGCGUUCAUCAGAAUGGCUAUCAACCGCUUCCCUCCCUGUCGACCAUUAUUGGAGCCGGUGUAGCUAGUACCAGCACCAGCACCAGUAGCAGCAGCAGCACCAGCAGCAGCAACAACAGCAACAAGUAUCUGAACGAUUUGACCUAUCUCGAUCAGGACCAAGCGAGCGGCCAGGGAGAGAUCAAGUACUCGGAGUGCUUGAAGUCUGGAGUCGCCUCCAGUACCGGAUCACCAAUGGAUGGCUUCCACAACCAAGACUCUCUGCUUCCGCCCGGAUACUGUAAGCUUUCUCCAACGGAACCCAACAGCUUCCUGCUAGAAUCACCAUCCGAGUUACCCGGCACGGGAGAUCAAACGGCCAAAUCGGAAUACAUUCCCGGUCCGGCAGUGUCUGUCGCAUCCUCCACCACUGCUCCCCAACCUGCUCCCAAGAAUGGACGUUCGAAACCUGGACCUAAGCCGCGACAGUCUAGAGCCCAGAACAAAAUCACUCCCUCAGCGACAGCCACAUCUACUACCGCAACGAAUCUUCCCUCUCUGAAGAGCAACGCCAGCAUCAUCAACACUACUACGACCACCACUACUACCACCCCGUUCGGCACGAAAGGAAACCCACUCAUUGCAGCCACCCUCAUGACCACGACGCCCUCCUCUUCGCCCUCAUCCGUACCUUCACCCCUAACUGGAUCCCACUCUUUGUCGACGGUGAAUCCAAUCAUCAAUUCUAUCGGAGGCCUCGGCACGACGGACGACGAUGACUUCAUACUGAAAAACGAACUCAUCGACACGCACAGCCCCUACACGACGGUGCAGAGUGCGGAUCGGUUCCUGUUCGAUGCCACGCUCGAUCUGUACAACAACAACGCGCACAGCCCGCUGACCGCAGGGCUCAACUGUGCCACCUCACACCAGCAACACCAGCAUGCACAACAGUCGCAACACAACCAUCAUAUGCAGCAACAGCAGCAGCAGCAGCAACAUAGUGCCACACUCAACAACAACAACCCCAGCAUGGUAAACGAAAAUGACAAACUCAAUCACCUGAACGCGAUUAAAGACAACACCUCCAACACGCUGCUCGAGUUCGGUGCCAGCUUCGAGACGCUUAAACCCGCCACAGUUGACUACACGCAGCAUCAGCAGCAAGCCCAACACUCCAACGGAAUGCAUCAUCAGCAACAGCAGCAACAGUCACAGCAACAGCUAGAUAGCCUGCUAGUCGUUGGGGACCCUACCCUUGGGCAUCUUCUUCAUCAUCAACACCAACAAAACCAUCACCAGCACCAUCACCACCAACAACAGCAGCAGCAGCAGCAGCAGCAACACCAACAACAGCAACAUCAUCAACACCAGAUGCAACACCAGCAACAACAUCACCAACUGCAGCAUCAUCUCCAACAACAUCACCUUCAGCAACAGCAACAGCAACAACAUCAACAUCACCUACAUCAGCAGCAGCAACAACUCGUCAGCAACACGUUGGAUCUGCUCGGAUCGGCUGCGAACGAUAUGUUCCUACUGGCCGACGAUGAUCCGACAGGUUUCACCGAUCUCGACAGCGGUAUAACGGCGUACAACAGCAUCAACGGGUGUCUGGCGUGACCCACAUCUUUCGAUCUGUAAGAUCCUCCCCAAGCACAAACGAACCCUCAAACCCUUGGGGAGAUGAUCCUUUAGAGAUCUUGUGGAGACUAUCUGAGCUCUAAUCGUGUCUAAUCGUUAAACGUGAUCAAUUUACCGCAAGUAUCUCUCGAAAUGUCUAUUCUACUACACUGCGGAGGUGCGUCUUUCCCGAAGCCUAAUGUACUUGUUUCGCCUGUUUUAAAAGCUGCUGCUGCUCCCGCUGUGUCCCUUUCCUUUACGAGUUCCUUACUUGACCGUCUUCCAUCACGCCCGAUAGGUUAGCACGCAAACGACUUUUUUCCUACUGAAUCGUCUCUUUGGACUCUACAACUUUACUACUAACCAGUCAGCUAUUUGUACAACAGGUUGUUAUAUGUACGAAAUUGAGGUAAGGUGUCAUCUUCGCUAAACCAACCGAGACCACACUCUGAAGACCCAGAGAUGUCCCCAACAUUACCCACCAUUGAGUCGUAAUGUCUCCAAAAUACUCUCGCACAUACAUACAACAUUCAUCAAACAUUUGAUCGUUGUGAGUUUUGUGUCUUGUGUAACUUCCAUAAUGCGUCCCAGGAAAUUACUUUCUUUUUUUCUGUUCUGCAAUGGAAUUUGUUGCGUUUUGGUUUGGUGUCUACCAGCUAUAACCCUGACCAUGUCAAGUAAAUGACAGCGUGGAAGAACACAACAAAGCACACACAAUAACGCUGAAUGGAAACAGAGGAAAUGAGAUGGCGAAAAUGUAAAGAUCGGAAAUGCAUUCCUUUUUCGUGUGUAAGGUUCAAUAAUCGUAUCUCAUUUUAUGACUACUAUUGUAUGGUACACUAUUACUGAAUGUUAUUAAUAUUAUUAUUAUUAUUAUUACUAUUAUUAUUCUCUUAUUCCUACUACUGACUAUUAUUCUUAUUGUGGCUAUCUUGUUUACCGUUUUCUUUACCUUUUCGGUUCUGCUCUUUCCAUUCGACACAUGUUUCCGAAACGUUGUGUGCGCUUGUUGUUGUUUUUUUGUGUUUCUUUCCACUGCCAUUUUACUUGCUGGUUUUGGCUGCACUGUGUUCCGUUCUUUCCGUCGUAUUUUGCAUACCCCCGAAAGAGCGGGAAAGAUAAUCGGAAUUUUGCAUAUAUAUAUCUCCCACUUUUGGCGUUGUUGUGUUCAUGUUCUUGUGCUUCUUCACACCCGCAAGCUAAUUUUUGUCAACCAGCAGAAUAUUUAUCUUCCCAAAAGCUACAUCUCCCUACCCCCUUGUUUAUAUAUGGUGGUCUUUCCUUCUUUUUUGGCAAAUUUGAAUACUGUCCAAACCUUUUUUUUUAGUUUUCAAAGGUAUAAAACUCAGCUUGCAUGUGGCACUGUUGUCAAAAGUCUACCGUGGGCUCGCGCCAUAAGACGAGUGCUGGAAAUGGAAGUUAAAAACGUUGCAUGGUAACUGGACGGAGCAUUCAACCUCGCGUGAGAGGUGCGUUCGCACGCGCUCUGUACCUUAUCAUGCAACUGCAUGGAAAAGACACGAAAAAAGUAUUUUCAACCUUAUGUUGACAUUUUCUGCUGGUUUCGGUAUAGCGGUGUAUGUCUGUCAAUGUAAAUUCAUUAAUUAAAUUACCAUUUGCACGGUACGCUGUCUCCCCUCUGCUGAGUAGGAGCCGGGGACGGCACUGGCACAAAAAAACUGGCACAAGAUUAAACCAUAUUUGACGGUCCAUUAUUGGGAUUAUCGGCAGAGUAAUGCUGAUUGAUGUACGACGGAAAGCAAUGGUAGAAGAAUCUCACAAACAACAUCAACCAAAAAACAAACGCUCAGUUUCCGUUUAUGACGAUCUACUGCAAACGAGAAGUAUCCCCGAUUGGUCCUCAAACCUCAACAUUCCAAGCGCGAAACCGAAAACGACACCUUUUACUACUAGCACUGCACUGCAGCGACGAGUACACGAGGCGCAGAUGGCGGAAGCGUGGUUCAAAGCAAAUCUAAUUAACUUAAUGCAUAAUCAUAACGAUACCAAUAAUUACCAUUCGUUCGCGAGUUCUGACUACUAUCGUAUUUGUGAAAAAAUGAAGAAGAGCUGUAGCUCUUUCUUCUACUUCGGACUGAUCCUUAAAUGUCACUUACAAGCACCAACGGAAAGUUACCAACUACUUGUACAUCUCUCUAUCUCUCUGGUGGUCUGUAGAAGCCAAACGGAAAGUUACCAACCGAUUGAAGCAAACAAACAAACAAAAAUGUAGAAACUAUAAUGUUUCAUUGUGUUAAGUUUUUUUUUCUAGAUAUAAUCCUGUAUUAAAUGGAUUAAAACAAACCUUUUUGAUGGACCCAUAUGGAUAAGGGCUGAGGAGUUUGUUGCUGAAGUGUUGCUGCCCCAUAAGGGCAAAUCACAAAAUCUACGGGUGCCAUACUAUUAUCGUGUAAGUGUACGGAUACACACUACCAGUACACGAGAGCAUACAAUACCAGUCAAUUAGUAUUAGCCGUUUUCUCGUUCAUGACUUGAUGAGGUCUUGUUUUGUUUUUUUUUUUUAAUUUACAUUUCAUCUAUUUACCCUUAAUCUCACCUAGUGAUUAGUUACGGUACAUCAAUCUCGUUUAAUGUAAAACGGUAAAUACUUAGUCUUCCUCUUAGCGUUCUACCCGUUUUGUGUUGCGCCGGGAGUGUUACAUUUGCCAUGCAAUCGGACUACAACGCGCAUUUGUUAACCGGUUAAGAUGUUUUGUUUAAAUAAUUAAUAUAUUCUUGCUUUGAACUUACGCGCGCCAUCUGUUCCACGUACUCGUACUUGCACACUCAAGAAGAUCCCCCCGACAAGACGCUAGGGCCCUCUUUCUUCCCGGUUAGAUCUCCCAUCCCUUCGUUCUAAAGGCCAUUUAACAGCAACAGCCUCCACAAACAGCAACAACAACAACCAAGACCAAUUUAAUAUUAGCUAGAUUUGGAUUACUGUAAACGUACUAUUUAAGCGUAACAAUCGACCGAAAGCUUACUGUGAAAUCUAGGAUAUAGGAUAUGAUAGAGGUACGAUAAUUGCUGUAGUGCUGCAUUUCAAACCCAACUGCAGCGAAACUGCACACCCACAGAAGCCGACUGCAAUGUGCAAUGUGUGUUCGUCGUGCAGUGUGUGUGCACUACGACACUACGAGUAUAUAUUAUAUAUAUUUAUCAAACUAACACUGGUCAGGAGCCUUAAGCAGAAAAGGAAAGGAGAGGCCUUCUGUUACGCUGGGCAAGUGAGCAGCUUCCCAAGGUGGUUUAUAGCAUAGAAGGUAAAGUGUCGGCUAAGGCAAACAUUCAAACUGUAUACCAUUUUAAAAGCAAACUCAUCUCGUUCACCUCCCCUUCCCAUUGGAACAAUUAGAGCCUUUCAAACAGCCUUUGAGAGCAGUGUGUGUGUAUUUGCUGCUGCUUGGUUGGUCUUCUCAGUUGGUUAUAUACUCAGGUGGCUGGGCGUGCUGCUUUUGGCACGAAUAUUUGGAAGCUUCACUUGUUUUGUCCCAAACCAUCCACAUUCCCUCUUUCUCAUCUUCUUACCGCAGAGGGGAGGAAGGGCAGGAAAGGAAGACGGCUUAAUCGAACCACCUAUUCCUUCCGAUCCAUCCAGAAGACGAGAAUUGGGAAUGGAGGAUGCAAACAAAAAUGCAAAAUGUGUGAAGCUAACAUCAAAUCCAUUCGAAAAGCUGCCACUAACGCCACCAAAUCCAUCGCAUGCCUUACUGUAAGAACUGUGAGCGGAAAAAAAGAUAUUUAGCAGUACAGUUUAAAAUUCAUUAUCAAAACUGGAUAAAAUGCCUUCCUAUUUGGAUGAAUAGGUUAUAAUGCAUGUUACUAGUUAUUUCGUCAAAAGAGAAACAAACAAACCCGAACGAAACAGAAUUUAAAAAAAAAAAACAACAACGCCAAGAAGCAAGAAAACAUUACUAAACAAAACAUAAAUAUACAAAACAAAAAACGAGAGAAAAAUAGACAAAAAAUAUUAACAUUCAAAUGCUAUUCCCAUACACGUUUUGCGCUAUAGGCCUUAGCUGUUUACACGCCAAACGGGCGUACGUGUCGUUGGGUAGAUGUUUUAUUCUUAUGGUUUAAUGCAAUGCAUUAUACACUCGGGGCAGGACCAACUUCAAAGCGCUUUACCUUUUCUUUUACCUUGUACCAAUCGAUAAGAUGAUACGCUGAAGGCGAAGGAUAAAAACAAACAAACUAUUGGAAAAAACCCAUUCAAAUGUUUUGUUUUCUAAAAUAUUAAGUGUGAUAUAGAAAAGAAAGAACGCAGGCAUACGAAAAUUGGAAGACAACAGAACGAAGGAUAUUAGCAGAGGAGCUAGGGGGGCGAUCGGUGAAGGCGAUCGGUCUUAUUCUAAAAGGGUGAUAUAUUACUUCUUAAAUCAACAAGUUGCAAAAACGAGUUACGAUAUUUGAUAUUCUUAAUUUCAUUCAGUGGAUCGUAAAAUCAAUAGAGCUUUUCCUUAAAAGUACACCCAAUUUCCCCUAGAGCGUUCUUUGACCCAAAAAUAGAACAGGAAGAAGCUUCCAACGAUCCCGAGCGCCGCGGCUAGUCGACCUCUGUCCACGUUAUUUCGUAUGCGCACGGGGAAGCGAAAACUAUCGAAUGAAAUUUAUUAUUCUACUUUGUACCUGGCUACCGUUGGCCUCGUGUGUUCACCGUUGGCGAACGAAACACACCGCCGUUGCAUACGGGCGGAAAAGAAAAACAGAACAAAAAGUGGGUAAAAUCAGAAAAAGGACUCACAUCGAAUACGAAAAUCUCCUCCCCUGACACAACUUAAUCGCUUUGUGCGCGCACAAACACACCAACACACAGUAAAGACAGUAGAAUGGAUCAUAAUCCGUUAGGAAACUAAAAGACAGCCAUCACUUUCACGCACUAUAGGAUCGAUCCUUGGAUCCAUUGCAUAGGGUUUGCCUGGAGCAUGGAGCCAUCAAAUGAAGUACAAUAUUUAUAGCCAAACGUCUGUGCUUGGAAUAAAGAAGCUAACAUUGUCUUUCUAUCCCGUAUCUUGUGUGCUUCAGUUGUUAAUGCUAAAACAAAUAUGCGUAAGGCAAUAAAGGGAAACACAAUAUGCUACAAUACAAGCGAAAGAAAGGGCUGCCUUAGGAAGCAUUCUAGUAAAAGCAUAGCUAUCGUGUAAUGUAAAAGGAGUAAAAAUGUUAACGAUAAACAGAAUGCACACUAAACAGUAUUGUGUUAUCUCUAAAGUGACCGUUAGUGUGUCCACUGUCCUAAACUAACGUUCACAAUGUCUUUGUGUGGCCCAUUUGUCUCAAAGCCUCAGCAUAUUCGUCGCAGCUUCCAUGUACGCACAAAACAUACGCACACACACAGUAAACCAGGGAGGUGUUCGCGCAUAACUGUUGCUAAUGUGUCUUACAUCAACCCGCAAACUUAGUACGCAAAAGGGUAUAUGACAGCAUAGCUGACAACAGCACAGAAACGAUUAGAAUGGGAAAGGAAAGCCUUGAGAGGAUUUAAAAAGGAAACGAGAAUGAGUCACGAUAUUCUUCCGCCUUGUUAGAAAGAUUGCAAAAAACAAUCAAUAAUAAUUCAAAUCGGUCGAUAUACAUGGUGUGCUGGCGUGCAAGUCUAUUUACAAAUCAGCAAAUGUGCAGCAAUACCAAGCCUCACAAUGUUCGAUAAUGCUCGUGUGAUGAAACAGUAUCAAACGCGGUGUAGUGUGUGUUAAGAAAACAGCAACAACAAAAACGAAACAAGCAGACGCGUUAUUAUCUCGUAUCGUAAAAUGGUAAAAGUGUUUCAAAGCGCAACCACAUUUCAAAAAACCAAGCUGUGUCACGAAAUCGAAACCAUGAAGGAGAAAAAAUAUAUACACAUAAACAACAUCGGACUAAAAUAGCCCAAUAUAACA